AAUAAAUUUACACAAUUUUUUCACAUGAUAUUUUGCAAUGGAAUUAAUUACCCUAGUCGCUUCUGCCCUUUUCCUUUUUCCAACCAUCAUUUAUCUUUUAGUUAAAUCUCGAUCUAAUCUUGCAAGAAGCAAGAUGCUACCUCCCGGUCCACCAAGGUGGCCCGUAAUAGGCAACCUAUUUCAAUUGGGCGAGCUCCCACAUAGGGAUCUCGCCUCAUUCUGUGAAAAAUACGGGCCUUUAGUUUAUCUUCGCCUAGGAAAUGUCGACGCAAUCACCACCAACGAUCCAGACACCAUUCGCGAGAUCCUUCUAAGGCAAGAUGAGAUUUUCGCGUCUCGCCCUAGAACCCUAGCUGCAGUUCACUUGGCUUACGGAUGUGGAGACGUAGCCCUGGCUCCCUUAGGUCCACAAUGGAAAAGGAUGAGAAGAAUUUGCAUGGAGAAUCUCUUGACUACGAAGAGAUUGGAAUCCUUUGCGGGCCAUCGAGCCGACGAGGCUCAACACCUGGUCCAUGAUGUAUGGACCAGGGCUCAAUAUGGGAAGGAAGUUAACUUGAGGGAGGUUCUUGGAGCCUUCUCCAUGAAUAACGUGACUAGAAUGCUUCUUGGGAAACAAUUCUUUGGGGCUGAAUCAUCUGGACCCGAUGAGGCUAUGGAGUUUAUGCAUAUAACACACGAAUUAUUUAGGCUCUUGGGUUUGAUUUAUUUGGGCGAUUACUUGCCGUUUUGGAGAUGGAUUGAUCCUUAUGGAUGUGAGAAGAAGAUGAGGGAAAUCGAGAAGAGAGUUGACGAUUUUCAUAGUAGAAUCAUUGAAGAACAUAGGAAAGGAAAACGAGAGAUGGAUGUAAAUGGAGAAGGAGAUAUGGAUUUUGUUGAUGUUUUGUUGUCAUUACCGGGCGAAGAUGGAAAAGAACACAUGGAAGAUGUCGAGAUUAAAGCUCUAAUUCAGGAUAUGAUAGCUGCAGCAACGGAUACUUCAGCCGUGACAAACGAAUGGGCAAUGGCGGAAGUAAUAAAACAUCCAAAUGUUCUUAUAAAGAUUCAACAAGAGCUUGAUUCCGUCGUCGGAAUCGACAGAAUGGUAAUGGAAUCCGACCUAGUUAAUCUCAACUAUCUCCGAUGUGUCGUAAGAGAAACUUUCCGUAUGCAUCCUGCCGGUCCAUUCCUAAUUCCCCACGAAUCCAUUCGCGACGCUGUCAUCAACGGCUUUCACAUCCCAGCCGGAACACGUGUCUUCAUCAACACGCAUGGCCUCGGCAGGAAUAAGUCGAUAUGGGACGACGUCGAGAUUUUCCGUCCGGAAAGACAUUUGACCGGCGACGGAGGAACUCGUGUCGAGAUAAGUCAUGGGGCGGAUUUCAAAAUCUUGCCUUUUAGCGCCGGAAAAAGAAAGUGUCCCGGCGCUCCAUUGGGAGUGACUAUGGUUUUGAUGGGUCUUGCUCGUCUUUUUCAUUGUUUUGAUUGGAAUCCGCCCGAGGGAUUGAGAUCAGACGAGAUUGAUACUAUGGAAGUUUAUGGAAUGACAAUGCCUAAAGCUAGACCUUUAAUGGCAUUGGCUAAACCACGUUUGGCUAGCCAUUUUUAUCUUUAUUAA